GUAAUCUCUUUUAUAGGUGAAGUCAUCAUUUUAUUACAACCUGGAAAACAUGAAUUUCCAUUUCGCUUUCAACUUCCAUCUGAACCUUUAGUAACCUCAUUUACCGGGAAAUAUGGAAAUAUUCAGUACUGUGUGAGGGCAGUUCUGGAACGACCCAAUGUACCUGAUCAGAGUGUAAAACGGGAACUCCAGGUUGUUAGUCAUGUCGAUGUCAACACACCAGCAUUGUUAACCCCUGUAUUGAAAACUCAAGAGAAAAUGGUUGGCUGUUGGUUUUUCACUUCUGGUCCAGUCUCGCUGAGUGCCAAAAUUGAAAGAAAGGGAUACUGUAAUGGAGAAGCUAUUCCAAUCUAUGCAGAAAUAGAGAAUUGUUCCUCUCGUCUGAUUGUUCCCAAAGCUGCUAUUUUCCAAACCCAGACAUACUUGGCUAGUGGGAAAACAAAGACAGUCCGUCACAUGGUUGCCAACGUGCGAGGAAACCAUAUCGCUUCUGGGAGGACCGACACAUGGAAUGGGAAAACUCUAAAAAUUCCACCUGUUACUCCGUCCAUCCUGGAUUGCUGCAUUAUCAGAGUGGACUAUUCCUUAGCUGUGUACAUUCACAUUCCUGGUGCUAAAAAAUUGAUGCUUGAGCUGCCAUUAGUGAUUGGUACAAUUCCGUAUCAUGGUUUUGGCAGCAGAAAUGCCAGCAUUGCCAGCCAGUUCAGUAUGGACAUGAGCUGGUUGACACUGACGCUACCAGAACAUCCUGAAGCACCACCAAAUUAUGCAGAUGUAGUAUCAGAGGAAGAAUUCUCUAGACACAUUCCUCCUUAUCCUCAACCCCCUGACUGUGAGAGAGAAGCAUACUGUCCUAUGUUUGCCUGCAUUCAAGAAUUCCGGUUUCAACCUCCACCUCUUUACUCAGAGGUUGAUCCACAUCCUAGUGACAUAGAAGAGACACAGCCUGUUUCUUUCAUUCUCUGAACAUAUUUCAGAAAUCACUGUGUUGAUCACCAAAUUAGAAUGUUGGUUCUUUCCUUCUGUCUUUUUAUGGGAGAGGAUAACUUGAGGAUAACUUAAGGUUAAUGUAAGAACAUAAAUGAACAUCAAGACUGAAGGCAAUAGAAACUAAAGAAUACAGGAACAUUCUAGUGGGCCAAUGGAUUCAUUGCACAAGUUUAUAUGGUGGUUGUAUGUCACUUUAAAAAAUGAGAUGAAGAUGUGAAAAGUCACAGAAUGUAACCGAAGUCCUGAUGAGGGUGGGAUGAGUAAGUGAAGGGGUGCCGACGUUGACCUGAGAGGAGGGAUUUGUAAAUAGUGGAAACGCUAUGCGAGUAUACCUUUAAAAAGGUUUCUCAAAGUGGAACAUAAGUAUCUUAAACUUAAGGCAAUAUGGACUCAUUGGGAGAAGACUUGACUUGGAGCAUGUAGCAGCACAUGGGUGUGUAAGGCGUGAAUAGGAAAAUGGCUUACUCUGAAUACUAAGUGAAACCUGCAGGUUUCAGGGUCUUCAUGAUUUCUUACCAUAGUAUCAUAUUCAAGAACUGAAGUCUUUGAAAGCAUCCUUUCUUGAGAUCUUGGUCAUAGAAGGUCCUAGUGAAAUAAUACAGUUUUCACUCUUUCAAUAGUAGGUUAAACUGUAGUUUAUAAAUUGGCUAUACAGUAUUAUGAAGGCAAGAAGGGGUUUCUUGAAAAGCUUGUCAGUUUAAAGGGGAAAGAUGAAUUUCAGUAUGAAAACACAUUUUGUUGAAGGCUUUACUUCUUACCCCCUUCAAGUACUUUGACAGGAUAUAUGUUUGAUUUUCCUCAUAUCUUAUUUACCUAGGAGCAUGUUAGAAAAAGAAGGGGGUUAUAUCUUCAGGAUGCCUUGAUAACUGUACAGUCCAAAAAAAAAGCCUUUUCUUAACCUACCUCUAGUGGGAUUAUCAGAUAAUGUUUUUAAAACUCUAGGCCUAAUUGAUUGUCUUUGGAGUUUCUGCUCUUUACAGUAGCAAUCUCAUUCUCACUUAUCACUAACUCUGAAACUGGACAAGGGAAAAAUCCAUACGGUUAGCAUUAAAUAGAAGUAAAUACGAAUAUUUACUUCAAAAAGUUCACAGAAAAAUAGAAUUAAAAGAUAAUACAAAUCUGUCCUUGAAAUUUUUGAAGUACCCUUGUAUGUAUACCUAAGGUUAUUUCUCAAAAUAAAUGCAAGAUCAAAAGAGAGUAGGAACACCAUUUUUUAAAAAGACAAAUUUAAUUUCUGUCAAGAGACACAAGUCCACUCAUAGCAGUCUCUGCAUCGUACACUGUUAUUCUGGUUCUUUAGUAAUUCUGUUUAAACUGUGAUUUUCUUUAUUGUUUUGGUGCAAUAUUUUAUUAUCAUUUAACCUCAGGAUAUUCAGACCAACAGGAUUGUGUUGCUGCUAAAAGUCUGAGCAGUGUUUUUACUGUCCCCCUACCCCCAUUCAUGGUCACACGUUCACUUGUUUCUCCUUCAGUCUGUCGUUUUCCUGAGCUGAGAGCAUUUCUGGACACUAGUGGCAGGGGAGAUAGGGAUUCCCUUGAUAGGGAUUUCAGAGCAACCUAGAACUUUGGUUUUCUCCAUGUCCUAAGAGUUCGAUCUAGAACCCUGGUGCUUCCCUUGCAGAAUCCUGUACUUCAUUCCAAAGGAUUAACUUAUCUUUCGAUCCAUAUAUUCAGCUAGAAAUAGAAAAAUUCUUCUAUGGUUAAAUUUUGUAUUUAAAAAUUAGUUGGCCAUUGGAUCAGGGAUUUUUCUACAAACAUUAGGUAAAUGUAUGCUUUUUACCCUUCUGGACAUACCUUUCUACUCUGUAAUCAUAUAAGCAUCAUGUACACUUCUUCAUUGUAUGCCACUGCUUAAAAUCAUAAUGCAAAACUGUUAUACCAGUAAUUGUACUGUAAUUGUCACAAAACUUUACUCCUUGCUUUGGUUUUUAGUGAUUUUUUAUUUUGCUUUGGUUUUUGUAUCUUUAAACAGGUAUGUGUAUUUAAGUGCUGUCCACACUGUUUUAUUUUUACUGUAGAAGAGAUCAUCUUCAACUAUUUGUGGACUUCUAAGUUAUAGUUUACAUGCUGUGUCAAGACAUUGUCCAUCUCCAUGCAUGAUACCAAAACAAAGUGAGAGAGACAAACUCAAAUUCUGUGGAUGGAGAGAAACGUUUUUUUUUAUUUAGUUCCAUGUAGAAAAGUAGCUACUUCACUACGGUUGUUUAAUCAUGUUUAUUAGAGAAAUCAUGAAGUACCCCUGCAAAAUUGAAGCAAAGCUAACCUUGUAUCUCUUAAGAGAAUAGCUGAAAGAUAUGAUUUGCCUUACUGAACUGAUAUUGGUAUAUCUGACCUUAGGCAGUAGGUUGAAACUGCAUACCUUUUUAUAAUCAAGAUAAUUUAUGAAUAUAGAAAAUUCUACAUUGGAACAGAGAAUACUUGGGAAUGAAGCUAAAAAUUUAGCUGCUGUUAUUUGCUUUUUUAUUCCCCUCUUGCUCUUGUUUAGUUUGCAAGAAAAAAAAAAAAAAAAAACUGUGGCCUUAGAAUUUUCUUUUUGAUGCAAACAUUUUGAAAUUGGAACUGUGCAUCUUUUGGCACACAAAUCCUUCCUUGGGCAAAACUUUAGUUUUUGUUUUUGUUUUGCACAGUGAGAAACUCAAUAGGUAGGAGAGUUGCGUUUUUGAUAAGUUAUGAAAACUUUUUUUUUAUUUUUACUAUUAAAAAUUUAACAAUUUAACCCACAGGGGAAAAAAAAAUAAAGAUUGUAUUUUAUACUCCUGUUUGAACCCCAUGGGUUCCUUUUGUUAAUAAAAUGAUUACACUAAUA